AUGGCCGGGAAGGUGCUGUCGCUGCUGCCGCCGCUGCUGCUGGCCGCCGCGGGCCUAGCCGGCCUCCUGCUGCUGUGCGUCCCCACCCGCGACGUCCGGGAGCCGCCCGCCUUCAAGUACGGCAUUGUCCUAGACGCGGGCUCUUCCCACACAUCCAUGUUUAUCUACAAGUGGCCGGCGGACAAGGAGAACAAUACCGGCAUCGUGGGCCAGCACAGUUCCUGUGAUGUACGCGGUGGGGGCAUCUCCAGCUAUGCAGACAACCCUUCUGGGGCAGGCCAGAGUCUUGUUGAAUGCCUGGACCAGGCCCUUCGGGACGUGCCCAGGGAGAGACAUGUGGGCACACCCCUCUACCUGGGAGCCACAGCAGGCAUGCGCCUGCUCAAUCUGAGCAGUCCAGAGGCCUCAGCCAAGGUGCUCGCGGCUGUGACGCGGACGCUGACCCAGUACCCCUUUGACUUCCGUGGUGCCCGCAUCCUCUCAGGCCAGGAUGAGGGAGUGUUUGGCUGGGUGACCGCCAACUACCUGCUGGAGAACUUUAUCAAGUAUGGCUGGACAGGCCAGUGGCUCCAGCCAAGAAAGGGAACGCUGGGGGCCAUGGACCUGGGAGGCGCUUCCACACAGAUCACCUUCGAGAUGGCCGGCCCGGCUGAGGAUCCAGAUAACGAGGUCCAGCUGCAGCUCUACGGCCAGCAGUACCGCAUCUACACCCACAGCUUCCUCUGCUAUGGCCGCGACCAGGUCCUCCAGAGGCUGCAGGCCAGUGCACUCCAGACCCACAGCUUCCACCCCUGCUGGCCGAGAGGCUAUUCCAAGCAGGUGCUGCUCCAGGCUGUGUAUGAGUCGCCAUGCACCAGAGACCAGCGGCCCCACACCUUCAACAGCAGUGACAGGGUCACUCUGUCAGGGGGCAGUGACCCUGCCCUCUGCCGUGGCCUCGUCUCCAGGCUCUUCAACUCCUCGUCCUGCCCCUUCUCCCGAUGCUCCUUCAAUGGCAUCUUCCAGCCCCCGGUGGCUGGGGACUUUAUUGCCUUCUCUGCUUUUUUCUACACCGUGGACUUCCUGAGGACGGUGAUGGGGCUGCCUGUGGCCACCCUGCAGCAGCUGGAGUCUGCUGUGGUCACUGUCUGCAACCAGACGUGGACUGAGCUGCAGGCUCGCGCGCCGGGGGCGGGGGCCCACCUGCCCAACUACUGCGCCGGGGCCAUGUUCGUGCAGCAGCUGCUGAGCCGAGGCUACCACUUUGACGAGCGCGCCUUCAGCCGGCUGACCUUCCAGAAGAAGGCCGGGGACACCGCGGUGGGCUGGGCGCUCGGCUACAUGCUGAACCUCACCAAUCUGAUCCCCGCGGACCCGCCGGGGCUGCUCAAAGGCAUCAACUUCGGCUCCUGGGUCGUCGUCCUCCUGCUCUUCGCCGCCAUACUCCUGGCCGCGGUGGCCCUGCUGCUGCGCCAGGCGCGUCCUGCCAAGUCGCCCAGCGCAGUCUAGGGACUGCCUGGGGGCAGCUGCCCCAGCCCCAUGUCCCCCCACCCCUCACCUCACCCCACCCUCAGCAUCUCUGCCCCUAAUGCAGCCCGGAAACCGAGGCAGAGACUCUGACACCCGCUCCCACAGCGGGCCCGGGUGGGCGAGGGGAACCGAAUCCUGCCCUCCAGCCUUGGCUCUAUCUCCAGGCCUGGUGCUCCUCCUCCUCCUGCUGAGGGUGGGUAACAGACACCCCUCAGCCCUCAGCCGGUGACUACAGGGCGGGUCUCCAGGAAGUGGAGCUUUUAUUCUGAUACUCAGGGCCCUCAGAACCCCCCUUCCCAAUCUGGUCUGUGUUCCGAGGAGGGUCAGAGCCCAGGGGCUGAGAUCCUGACCAGCGCCAACUUGUAAAAUUUUGUAAUAAAAAGUUUG